ACAGGCGAUUCUCCACCAGCCUCUUCCUCUCUCCGGCGACUUCAAGCGUCAGGUGGAGUGUGGCGGAGUUGUCCUUGUCCGUCAGUGCGUCGAUGAGGCGGACAAACGGUGCCCGCCGCGCCCCUCCCUCCAACGCACCCAAGUCCUCCCGGUCGACAGCUUUGUUGAGCUUAUUCAGACGCGCCUUCUCGAUAACAGCCGCCACGAAGCUCUCCUGCCUUGUCCGGUCGUUGGCCUUCCUCACUGCAGCAGUGUCACCGUCGGCAUCGAUAUCUCCAGGGCACGGCCAGGUCUUAAAGGCCACCUCCUGCCCGUCCCUGAUGCCCUUGAACGCCCAAGCGAAGCUGCCCUUUCCAUAAAUGCGGAUGGCUCUAAAGUUGUGAAAUCGGGUGGGAAAAAAGUUUGCCCCCGUCUCUGUCCCCAAUUCUCGAAUUCUCGACGCACUCCCUUCUCCUCCCGGAAACAAACGCCGAGUCCAGAGGCUGAGGCUGUAGAGAAGUGAAGGCCAACAAUUGCCCUGUGUGAAGCCGCGAUGAUUUCACCAUCCAUUUUGAGUAGCUGUGCAGCCUAAGGUGAUGUUCAUGAUGGAUGGAUGGAUGGAUGAACAUGCAUCCAUCGCUCAGUGGUGACUUCUCCUUGACUACAUCGUGCUUGAGUCCUCAACCGUGUCCACGCGCAAACAUGCAUUAUAAAACCACGUGUGCCGGCCGGCAUGCGAGAAGGAAUGAGAUACUUGUGAGAUACACAGCCAGAUAGAUAAAUAGAUCCAUUUAUGCACACAAGGAGAGCAGAACGACACACCGACCGACAGAAUGAUGAAUAAAGACGUGCUUUACCUACCCACCCAAACCCUCCAGACGCGAGGCGAAACGACGUGGCAAAGUCAGCAAAGAGCUAAGUGAAAGGCUUCUGGUGCGAUGAGCGGCUGUGCUGCUGCAUGCGACCCCAUCAGGAAUGGUCUUCUGCUUCGAUCGGCCACAACCGAGACGAAAGACCAUUGCCGACCAGGUGGCAACAUCACACAGUCGCACACGCGUAGACAGACCUGAAAACGACACCAAUUACCAGCGAACACCAUUAUUCAGCCACCCAGCGCCUUUUCCUCUCUCUCUUAGACAAGAAACCGGCAAUACAGACAGACCCCCAACCCAUUUGGGCAAACAUCAUGCAGACAGGGAUGCUUCUGCCCUCUCCCUCCCUCCCUCCCUCUCUCCCUCUCUCAUCUACCGAUCUACCGAUCUACCAGAGCCCUCUGCACUACUGCCCAUCUACCUUGCCGACUGGUCUAAGGCUCAUUUCUUCGGGGCGCCCACGUAGCGGGGGUUCUCGUUGGGGCGCGUGUAGGUGCCUGAUGGUGUGAGGAGGGGAGACCCAAACCUAUGUAGCAGGGGUGAGCGUGUGGUUUGUUUGUUCCUUUGUUCCUUUGUCCUUCUGUCUGUCUGUCUGUCUGUCUCCCUGUCUGUGUGUCCAGUCAGCGUAAGUACCUCCAGUCUGGUUGCCCUGGGCGUCCUUGGUGCCGUGGUAGGUGGAGCCAUUGGCGUUCUGGUAAUAGUAGGAACGGUUCACACCUGCACACACACACACACGUGAUGGCGACACGCUCUGUGUCUGGCCCCGCAAUGUGCACUCACUGCCUACCCUGGCCAUCGUAGUUGUCGUAUCGGUACGAGCCGCCCUGCGCAUUCCCGUCACCCCUGCUCGACACAGAUGUGCACACACACGACAGAAACACGCAAGGUCAACAGCGUGUGCCGGUGCCCUGCGCUUGCCUGUCCGUCCACCGAUUGCCCUGCACACACGCAUGCACAUGGCGAAGUCAAGAUGGAUGAAGAGAAGACGGAUCUGGAUGUGCGCGUGCCUGAGCGUUCCAGCCAGAUGACUUGUACUGAUCUUUGCCCGACAUGCCGACGCAGAACGCAACGGGACACGAACGAAUGCUCUCCCCAACCGCUUUUUCUGGUCUCC